AUUGCUUAUGUGAUACUCCUUAUUGCCACAGUUGUUGGCAAUUGUAUGGUGAUUGCUGCAUUUUUCAUCAAUCGAUCAUUGCGCACUAUUUUCAAUUCACUUUUAUUCAAUUUGGCAUUAGUAGAUCUAUUUGCGGGUAUAUUUCGCAUCGGAUUUAUCACUCUAUCAUUAGGAACAAUCCACAACGGUUCUUGGCCAUACGGUCCAACAUUAUGCAAUAUAAAUGGCUUAGUCCAUAGCGUUGCUUUCUCAGCUAAUGUUCACACAUUAAUGACGAUUGCUAUUUUUCGCUACCUGGUGGUAGUUCGCUACAGAAAAGAUUGGAUCACCCGCAAUACUGUUAUUGUAGUCAUCAGUCUAAUUUGGAUCUACAGCUUGCUAUUAGGAUUUCUUCCCAUUAUUGGCUGGAAUCGCUAUCACUACCAGCCCUAUGAAUAUACUUGUUUGCCGGAUUGGUAUCGCGGCAAAAGCUAUUCUAUCUUUUUAACGAUAGCUGAUUUUCUGAUUCCAAUGCUGGUAUUAUGUUACUGUUAUUUGGCGAUAUAUAAUUUUAUCAAAAAAAAUAGCCAACGUAUACGAGCCUUUUCUAUCAAUGGCAACGAAGCUGCACUACAGCAAAUUAUUCACCGCGAGACAAAACGUGAGGGAAAGGUUUCUCGUGGCAUGUUUAUCAUCUUCUUAGCCUUCGUCAUUUGUUUUGCACCAUAUAGCAUAUGUAUGUUUCUAUUAAAACCUGUAUUCAAUAUUGAAUUAAACAGGGGUUUGGUCUUCUUUUGCGGAUUUAUGGCCAAUGUGAAUAGCUUACUGAAUCCUAUUAUUUAUGCUAUCUUGUAUAAACGCUUUCGGCAAGCUUACUAUCAA